CCCUACCCCAGCCUAUAGCCGCAGAUUCCGAGCAGUUCGCGGCGAAUGGCGGCUGUCAACUGGUGGACGUCUAGGUGCUGAUCCCUCGUCGUUCGUCGUCGUCGUCGUAGUCGUAGGAGUUCCUUUUCACGGGAAUCCAGCCUCCGACGUAGACGGAUAGGAACGAUAACGACGCCUCUCUACCCGGUCGGAUUUCUUCUGGGACGCGAGACGGCGGCUCUCCGCAGCGGUACGAGGAUCAUCGUCGCAUCGCCGCUCGCUUCUAUGAAUUUCUAAUUGAUUCGCACCAAAGCCAAGGCAGCUCUUAUGACAUCUGGAAAGGAAACUACUAUGGGGGAGCAGCCGAUUUUUACGUGCAAGGCACAUGUUUUUCACAUUGAUCCUAAAACUAAGCGAUCAUGGGUAUCUGCAUCCACAGCAGCCGUGUCAGUGUCUUUCUUCUACGAUUCCACUCGCAGUCUGUACAGAAUAAUUUCUGUAGAAGGCAGCAAGGCUGUUAUAAACAGUACUAUUACCCCUCUCAUGACAUUUACCAAAACAUCCCAGAAAUUUGGACAAUGGUCUGAUGUGAGAGCAAACACAGUUUACGGGUUGGGUUUCUCAUCAGAGAGUGAACUAGGAAAGUUUAUUGAGAAAUUCAAUGAAGUCAAGGAAGCAACUAAGCAGGCUGGUGCAAAAGCUCAGACAAAUAGUUCUUCAGUCACUCCGGCCACAAGUGCUAAUGUCAGCCCAAUCACUUCCCGUUCUUGCAUGCCUUCAACUGAACAAGAUCUGAUUGAUCCUCCAAAUUCAUCAAUGAUCAAUUCCAACAUUUCUGCAUCAAACAAUCCAAACCCAAAUGCUAAUAUAAUCUCAGCUCAAAAUAGCAUUUCUUCUGUAAGUGGUAGUCCUUUGCCAGGAAGUUGUAUGCAGAUGAAAGAAGAUGACUAUAAAACAUAUCAUCACUCAAGAUCGCAAAGUAUUUCCCAGCAGCAGAGUACUACUGAUAGUCCUCAGCAUCAAGGAAAGGGACAGCAACAAUUCAACUCCAAUGCUGGUGCUGGUCAAUCAGCAGAAAUGCAACUCAAGUAUGAAAAUGAUAGGCUUAAAUUGGCACUUGCCCAAAGUUCUGCUAAUGCUAAAAAAUGGGAAAUUGAAUUGACCACGCUGAAAACAAACAAUGCUCGUUUGACAAGUGCACUUCAAGAGUCUACAGCUAAUGUUGACGAAUGGAAAAAACAACUUCAGCUUCUUAAAGAAGAGAACGCCAGGGUAAAAGCUAAGUAUGCAGAUUUAGAAGCAGGGAAGAUAGCAGAAGGUAAUUGUGAAGCCCUAAGGUUAAGAGUAGAAGCUCUGGAAAAUGAAUUGAGGACUAGGAACGAAGAAAUCAAGGCUCUCACCAUGGCAUCCAAGAACAAGGAUUAUGCGACUCUACAGAAAGAAAACGCGGAUCUACGAGAAAUGUUGAACGUUGUGCACGAGCAAUUAGACAUCUCUAUGAGUACUAAUAAAGUACAGAAGCAGAACUUGGAGACGGUGAAUAUGCGACUAGCGGGAUACAUACAAGAUUUAGUCACGGUGCAUCGAGAAAUAACAAACACAUUGCAAACUUAAGGCAGCCUUAGGUAACUUUCUACAACACUUACCAGUUAGAUAUACAUAAUGCACAAGUCGAUGACGCGAUAAUCGUGCGUGUGAGACAAAUUAUGUUUAAAAAAUACCUAUUGUUGUUAAUCAUAAAAAUGUCUAGGAUGAAUUAUAUGCGACGUAUGAUUUUACUAGGAACUCGCUUCUUCCAUACAAAUCGCGAGAUUUGGCGUAUGGAAACUAAAAAUUUUACGCAGUAUUAACCAGCACAUGUUAUAUUUUCUUGCAAUCGUCUUCCAGUGAUAAAUGAAUUUUAUUGGUUUUAUUUGCUUAUGAAAUUUAUGUUUGUUGGAGGAACUAUUGUUCUAACAAAUUUAAACAUAUCAUGAGCAUUAAUUUUCGAAAACAUCAGUAGGUAUUUUUGAUUUGAAGUAUUGAAGAAGGGUUUUCUGUUUUCCAAAGUGCAGUAACUGCAGAACUCUAAAAAUAAGUGUUAUUUAUAAGAAUAAUAGGCAUACAUUUUUCAUGAUUUUUAUUUAUACAACUUGGAUUAAAUUUUGAUAAUUUUUUUAUACGCUUUUCUUAGUGCAGAUAGAUUUUUACCAUUACAAUGAUAAUCGACAUCAUUUGUCUCUCACUAAUUUAUUUAUAUGAAAAUAUAAAAGAAAUGAUCGACGAGCAACAAUCGACUAGAUUGCGAAAUCGGAUAAGCGCUAUGAAUCAUGCCAACAAGGUAUAGCCAAAUUUAAAAGAAACGUUUUCAGUACGGGUAUCUGUUUAUGAGGAGAAAUACUACUAAUGACACGUAACCAGACUGAAAAAUCAAUGCGAAACCGUUAUAUUUCAUCAAUUUUCAAUUUUUCAUCGCACUCUAUUAUAACACAUCGAUAGAGCUGAAAGAACAAUAAAAAAAUCAUGAUGACUCAGGUGCAUCUAGAUAGAGUAUUGAGACUGCUAUGUGCUAUAAGAGAUUGACAAAAUAUGAAAUUUAAAACCGUGACCGCAGAGCAAAGAUCUUAUUAUAAUGCCAUAUAUAGAUAUUUAACGUAAUACUUGGUUGCAUCCUUUUCUUUGAGUAGCAGUACAAAAUUAAAAGUAGAAUGCAACAAUGUUAUUAUAAUGUUGCUUAGACUGAGCUAUUAACGAAAUUACGUUAAUUGUUGUAUAAGUAUUCAGUGAUAUCGAUUGUUUGAUAGUGAGUUUUAAAAAAUAUCAUGUUAAAGUCUUAGAAAUCCUUUAAAUUGUUUCUUUGUAUCAAAUCAUGAAGACGAUGCAACUAAUGAGAGAGAGAGAGAGAGAGAGAGAGAGAGAGAGAGAGAGAGAGAGAGAGAGAGAGAGAGAGAGAGAGCAAGGUAGCAAGAGGAAGAAAGUAGGGAGGAAGUAAAUCAAGUUUUUAUGCAAUAUACGGAGUUUUGUAUACUGCUUGGAACUGCUUUUAAAUUAUAAUUACCCGAUAAUUUAGCGUGUAUAAGUGAAGUUUCUGUGCUGUAAUUUUGUUUUGAGUACGUACACAUUCAAGAGUGUCUUGUCCCUUGGACAAGGGAGUUUUUAAAUGUAUCCAGGAUAUUGCUUUUUAUGCAUGUUUAAAGAAAAAAAAAUGAAUGUCCAAGUGUACAAUAACAAAAGUAUAAAGUAAGUUUUAUAAUUAAUAGGUAAAUGAUAAGUAUGAUGGAUUAGUACAAGUUUAAGCAAACUGAUGCUAUUCUGCGUCAACGCGCGGACCAAGAUUAAUUAAUAUAAAAAAAAGAAAUGGCAAUUGUGGACAAGGAUGGCUACUAUAGCAUGACACUUUUCUUAAACUAUGCACGGUCACCGCACUAUCGCGUUGAGUUUCCUUUGUGGCAAUGAACAAAAAAAAACUUAUUCUAGCCUGGACGCAUCGAAAUUUCUUGAACUGUAUAUCUCAUACUUGAUUAGUUCGUUUUCACAGACGCGCGAGACACCCGAAGACAAUAAAUUCUGUUCCGCGAAAAUCAAGUUUCUUCUCCGUUAUAUACACUUUUAGACUGAAAACAUCGAGAUCUUUCGUACUUUUUUUACGCGUAUAUAGACGCUUUUUGAAUGAAUUACAAAAUAAAAAGAAGAAGGCAAUCCUAAUUGCAUACAGGGAAAAAAAAGAUCUUUUGAAACGAAGUUGAUAGUUCCUUUGUGCUGCGACACACAGCGCGUCGCACGGAAGCGCGUGUGUUACGCGUCCACUUGAGAAUUAACUCGUGCGAAUUCUCUCUCUCCCAGCUUCAAUCGAGAGUUCGCCAAAGCUUCCUUUUUACUCUCUUUCGUUAAUUGAACGCGAAACGGUCGCUCGAAUGCGCUAUAUUGUAGGCUUAUUUCUUGCAUCGACAUAAACGCGAAGAAAGUCUGUUGGUUUAAUAUGAAUCUCGAAAAUAUGUAUUAAUUCACAUAUUGUUAUUAUCGUAAUAGCGACGGAAGUAAAAGAUCAAAAUGAUGAAAGAUACAAAUGGAUAUAAAAAAGUAUUAUAGAAGAGAAAAAUCUGCUAACCUUGUUACACAUGCAUAACAAUCAAUGAAAUUCUUCUUACCAUGACAAACCUAUCGAACGCGUUUUUCCCUUCUUUUAUUUAUACACGUGUAUCUAUAAUGAAGGAAAAAAAGGAGAAGGUCUAGCUCUCAUGUAUUCGAAACUCGUAUGCAUAAGUAAUUUACUCUCUUAUUAGUUGUCCUUAAUAUUUAUAAAAGUUGUAGAAGUUUAUAUAAAAUUAUUCUCUAGUUUGACGUCACGGUGCAGUAGAAAGUACGACGUAAUAAUAAAUCUUUUAUAAUCGAUAAUUUAUCCGCGUCGGACUCGACACACACACAUACACCGACGAGUUUUUAAAUAUAAUUUGUAGCUUACGUGUAUCGUAUCUGCAAAAUCGGAAAAUAAAAAAAUAAUCACGUGCAAUUAAAUUUUCGUUACACACGCGCCGCGCGUGUGUAUUAACCUACAUAAUCGUCGACGCAGAAGAUUCUGUGUAAAGGUUUGCUAUAACGUCACGCGGCUGAUCAAAAAAAAAAAAAAAAAAAAAAGUUACUGCACUUUUGUAUCGGUCAACAUAACGAUGCAACGGCGCGUUUACCGAAAUUCCGAGCUGCCGCCCCCGCGAAUUUACGUGUGCGCCUCAGCAUAGCGUUCCUCUGGCAAACAUAACGCUCCAAUUACAUAACGUUUUUUGCAACAUCAUCGCGAAAUAAGAGAGAAAUCCAUAAUACUCUUUGUUCGGGCGCGAGAUAAGCGAGCUUUUUUUAAUUGCGCGUCGCGCGGCCAACUUCGUAUCUCUCGCUCUCUUUCCACGGCGCAGUUCUAAAUUCGUUGGCCGAAAAAGAGGAGAAAAGAAUAACAGGGGAGUUCUUCUCUCUCUCUCUGUCUCUCUCUCGACUCCUUUCGGCAGAGUGACUCGCGGUAACGAGGUCAACUGUUCUAAUUAAAAUUUUCGCGGCUGCGAUUAAUUCGCCGCGACGACGACAACUGCAUAGCGCGAGCGCGAGAGAGAUUCGUUGUGUGUAUAGGUUCGCGAACGCGUGCGUAUACGUAUUCCGCGAGCGCAUAUAGCUAUCGUUUAAUUGGUUCAAUUUCAAGUUUUGCGCUUCGAGAGUCACUCUGUGAAUUCGCGGACGUGCGCGGGAGAGCGACGUCUUAUUCUAUAAUAGCAUUAAGAGAGCAAUAGUUCCUCCGUUGUAAUAACUCGUAAUACGAUAAACUUGGACACUCGGAGUGGCUGCAGCGGACAGUUUUCGUAUUUUAUCGCUGUACACCGGGCUGUUUACGAUCCGUAUACAACACGCACUUGUACAGACCGGAAUAAAGAUCGAUUUGAUUGUGCAUUUUUUUUUAGAUCUUGUUUUGCAAAUAUUAUAAUAAUACUAUGUAAUAUUGAUGAGCUGUGCGUGCGAUCUGAAACUUUUGUAAAACCAUAAGCAAGGCUAAAAUUGUUUGAGAAUGAAUGUGUACGUGUCAAAGCUAAGCUUCUUGAUUGUGGAAGCGAUAACGGCAGAUGAAAAUAAAAAUUAUAUUACAAAAUUAUCUUUUACACUUAUGUAUCGUGACUUUAGCACACUUUGACCGUAAAUGUAAUAAUUUGAUGUACGUCGAUCACUAGCUGCCAAGGCGCAGGUUAUUAUAUUGUACUGUAGAGAGAGAGAGAGAGAGAAAGUUUAUCGUUUUCCUCUUAUAUUGCGCUAAUUUUCGUAUUUUGCUCGAAGAUCCGAAUAAGGCUACGGCGAAACACUUGCAUUUGUUAUGUAGUUGUAUAUCACUCGGCACACGCGAGUUCUAUUACACGUAUAUAACACAAGCCAGCUAUGUUUAUUAUUAUGCAUCUUAUUAUUUCACGCAAUUACCGCACGACUCCUGUAGGUAUAUUUACGUAUACAUGUAAGCGGAGCCGUCCUCGCGAAAUGUGCACAAGUGCGGCCGGCUGUUUUCCGCGGUAAUUGGGCGCCGAGCACUCGAGGGGGCGGCUCGCGCGCGCGAAACAGGAACGUGUCUUUUUUUCUAGCGAGCUUUUUUUAUCCCGCCGACGAGAAAGCUCGAAUUUUCCUUCGUUCGCGUUACAUACCAUUAUAUAUGUGCCGUAUAGUGCGAAAUACUCUGUACAGGGGGAUCGAGGGGAGGGGAGAUACGAGAGGCGAGCCUCGGGAUCAGCUGAUGCAUGAUUGAGGGGAUGUGAAAGUCGACUCGCGCUCGCACCUUCGACCGAAUCUCGGGAGCUUUUCGAAUAUUCAUUAAUCCUCCUUUGCGAGCGAGAGUUACUGCACACCGCGUGUGUGUGUUAUGCCUGUCUUUUGAAAUUCCGGCUAUUUGUUUCUCCGAAGAAAGAGAGCCGAGAGAGAUAUAAACCAAAGCGAACAAAGCGACGGAAUAACGGACGAUUGCUUUCAAUGAGCCGUACAUUUGGUAGAAUCAAUUAUUCAGAAGCGAGGCUCGCAGCAGCUCUUUUCAGACGAGUAUAUUAUACACAAUAUAAAUACACACAAACAAACAAUGCAUAAAGCGCGCUCUUUUCGCAUUUUCACGUCUGCUCGACGGAUAAUAGGAGAAAUAAGAGAAACGGAGCACGACGCGACAAUGCAGUGAUUCUCUUUACGCACGGGUUGACUUUUGCACACAAGAAUCGCCGUUUUGUGCACAUGGCAAUACACACAACGGUUGCGAUGAUAUUAUAACUAUAUUGAGAUCGAGGUGCAGUUCACUAGAUAUACUUUAUCGGCGGGUCGUCGGCGCGGAUUCGAUCCGGAUUAAAAAACGACGACGACGCGGGCGCGAGUGUGUAUUAAUUGUUCGCACGAGCACUGUAUCGCGGCGUUUGUAGCAAAAGGUGGGACAUGUUAUGAAUUUACUUUAGUAGGGGGAAAAAGAAUAUGUUGCGGAUGAGACACGAUAUGAGAUAGAGUUAUAUUCCUAUUUCAGUCGGGGUAUAUAGUUGAGGCGCUGAGGGCGUAGCGAGGGACGACGAGGGAGGAGAAUAAAGAAAAUAAUAAGAAUUAACGACGUGUAAGGCGUUUAUAUACAUAUAUAGAGCAGGAGGGAGGAUAAAGAGGGAGGAUAAGUCUUCUCUUAUGUUCGAAUUAGACGAGGAUGUAACGUGUAAAGUUAUGCGAAGGAAGGAUAUAGAAGGCGAAGAGAAGGAAAAAAAUAAAUAAAUUAAAUAAUAAUACAUCAGGUUAUCAGACGCAUUUACAUAUUUACUAGUCAGUGCAGUCCGCGGGAGGGGGAGGCGAGGACGUAAGUUGAUUGUCAUUAUCAUCAUUACUGUUAUUGAUAAUCAUACAUCAUCGUUAUAAUUGUAUUUAAUGAAUCGAGAGUGCGGCAAUUUUUGAGAGCGGCGGAUAUAUAUAUAUAUAUUAUUGUCUGAAAUUUAUUCAAUUCGUUUAUCUGCGUAGCGAAAGGGAGAAAAAAGAAAAUAAAAAUAAACUUGUUUGGUCACGUGCAAAAUUUCACCCUUAUACGAGAGAUCUGAGUUCAAUGUCGAGAUACUGUAUCAGCGAUUAUUUCAAGGUUUACUCGAAGGAUAUUACUUAUAUUAUAAGUAUGUAUUGUUUGAUUUUUGUCUAAUUUAUAUAUAAUCGGCUGUUAAUAAUAAAGAAAAUAUCGUACUUUU